AUGUGUCUUAGUCAUCGCGAAGUCGCCGAAGCAAUGGUGGCGUGGGUCAAACUAUUGUCGAGAAACUAUUGGAGUCUCAAUUCGACAUGGUCGUUUUAUCCCGCUCGGUAUGUUCCGGAUGUUCUGAAUAUUCUGGAUCCCGACCAUCGAGCGCGUACUCAUCCCCGUCAGGCAAAGCAGGACGAUACAUCGAGCAGGGUUCGGAAUGUGCAAAUUAAGUACGACGACAUUGCCUCUAUGACACAGGAGUUGGAGCGACACAACAUCCACACCUUAAUAUCCGCUAUUGGUCUUGUUUCGGAAGAGACAAGCCAGUCUCAGCUGAACUUGAUCGAGGCUGCAGACAGGUCUGCGUCCACGAAACGGUUUAUUCCAAGUGAAUACUCAUUCAUCCAAACGUCCGAGUAUGUGGAAGUUUCGGAAAAUGUCCAUUACGUGCUAACAGUGUAUCAUAGCCUAUUGUCAAUUGACCCCAGUAUCCAAUGGUGGCUGGAUGCUGCGGAACGUCUCAAGACAAGUAGUCUGCAAUAUACCAGGGUCAUCCCGGGAUUUUUCAUGGACUACUGGGGAAUGCCAAAAGUCAAAACACAUCUGCAGCCAUUCACUUUUGGAAUUGACAUUGCGAGUGGCACGGCUGCCAUCCCGGGAGAUGGCAACAACGUGAUCUGUAUGACAUAUACAUAUGAUCUGGCCACGUAUUUGGUCAAAGCCCUGGAUCUUGACGAGUGGCCUGAGUUUAGCAUCUUUGUCGGUGAUGAGGUUACUUAUAACCAAAUACUUGGCAUGGCCGAGGAAUUCACUGGCAAGAAAUUUAAGAUCACAUACGAUAGCCUGGAGCAAAUCCAGGCUGGGAAUGUCACAAUACCUACCCAGCCAGAGGGCGUGGACUCUUCUUCAGAUGAUCUGAAAGAGAUCACUGCACUGGUGAGUAGAUUGACUGUUAACAAUGUGUUCGACCUGCCGAAGGAUCGUUUGAGUGAUCAGUUCUCCGAGGUGAAGCCACUCACCGUGAGAGAAUUCCUACACAAUGCUUGGUAUCAAAGCAAAGCAUGA